UCGCUAUCACUAUAGUAUCCUUAGUGCCUUGGCUUCACAAAACCCACCAAAAACCCUUACCCUUAGCCUGCCGCGGCGAACCCAUCGGAUUUUCCCAUGUCCGCCUUCUCCGCUUCCGCUACACUCCCCGCCCCUCUCCCUCACCGCCGCAACAACAAUUUCCCUCGACCCUCCUCCAUUAAAUGCCAUCUCUCUUCUUCCAACAAUUCUGAUUCCUCCGAUCACGCCCUCUUCAAAACCCUCUCCAAAACCCUCGCUCUCUCUUCCGCCGCCGCCCUCGUCAUUAACUCCACUCACCUCCCGGCCCUCCUCUCCAAUGGAUCCGGAAAUUUUGGCAGCGGCGGUGGUAAUGGACUUGGUGGUGGCGGCGGCGGUGGCGGAGGGAGCUGGUUCGGUGGCACCGGCGGAGAUGGGAAUGGAGGGUUCUUUUCUAGACUUUUCUCCCCGGCAGAUGCUGUAGCUGAUGAAUCUCCUUCUCAGGAGUGGGAUUCCCAUGGCCUGCCGGCCAACAUUGUUGUUCAGCUCAAUAAGCUCAGUGGAUUUAAAAAAUAUAAAAUUUCAGAGAUUCUGUUCUUCGAUCGUAGGAGAUGGAAAACAGUGGGCACAGAAGAUUCCUUCUUUGAGAUGGUUUCUCUACGCCCCGGUGGUGUAUACACCAAGGCCCAGCUUCAGAAGGAGCUUGAGACUCUAGCUACCUGCGGAAUGUUCGAGAAGGUAGAUAUGGAAGGCAAAACCAAUCCCGAUGGAACAAUCGGAAUUACAAUAUCUUUCACUGAGAGUACCUGGCAGUCAGCCGAUAGGUUUCGCUGCAUCAAUGUGGGUUUAAUGCCGCAGACUAAGCCCAUUGAGAUGGACACGGAUAUGACUGAUAAGGAGAAGCUGGAGUACUUUAGAAGUCAAGAGGAGGACUACAAGAGGAGAAUUCAGAGGGCAAGGGCAUGUCUUCUGCCAAUGCCUGUGCACAUGGAGAUUAUGCAGAUGCUGAAGGAGCAAGGAAAGGUGAGUGCCAGGUUGUUGCAGAAGAUAAGGGACCGAGUCCAGAAAUGGUAUCAGGAUGAAGGCUAUGCAUGUGCACAGGUGGUUAAUUUCGGGAACCUGAACACCAAGGAGGUUGUCUGUGAGGUUGUAGAAGGGGAUAUCACCCAAUUGGUCAUUCAAUUCCAGGAUAAGCUUGGCAAUGUUGUUGAAGGUAACACUGAUGUUGCGGUAGUCGAAAGAGAACUGCCGAAACAGCUUCGCCCAGGUUACAUUUUCAACAUUGAAGCUGGGAAGCAAGCUUUAAGAAACAUUAACUCUCUUGCUCUGUUUUCAAACAUCGAGGUGAAUCCACGGCCUGAUGAGAAGAAUGAAGGAGGAAUUAUUGUUGAAAUUAAGCUUAAAGAAUUAGAACAGAAGACAGCAGAAGUCAGUACUGAGUGGAGUAUUGUUCCCGGACGAGGAGGACGUCCCACACUGGCUUCAUUGCAGCCAGGCGGAACUGUUACUUUUGAACAUCGGAAUUUGCAAGGAUUAAAUAGAUCUCUUAUUGGUUCGGUGACAACUAGCAAUUUCUUCAAUCCUCAGGAUGAUCUGGCAUUUAAACUUGAGUAUGUACAUCCGUAUUUGGAUGGUGUAUACAAUCCAAACAACCGUACCCUUCGUGUGAGCUGCUUCAACAGUCGAAAGCUAAGUCCAGUAUUCACUGGAGGGCCAGGGGUUGAUGAAGUACCCCCAAUAUGGGUUGAUCGUGCUGGCGUCAAAGCCAAUAUCACUGAGAAUUUCACACGCCAGAGUAAAUUUACUUAUGGACUUGUGAUGGAAGAGAUAACAACACGUGAUGAAAGUAGUCAUAUCUGUGCGUAUGGUCAGCGUGUAUUGCCUAGUGGAGGAAUAAGUGCUGAUGGACCUCCAACCACCCUCAGUGGCACUGGCAUUGAUCGGAUGGCGUUUUUACAGGCCAAUAUUACACGUGAUAACACAAAGUUUGUGAAUGGCACUAUCAUUGGAGACCGAAAUGUGUUCCAGGUGGAUCAAGGCCUUGGGGUUGGCAGCAAUUUCCCAUUCUUUAAUCGUCACCAGCUAACCGUGACAAGAUUCAUGCAGUUGAUGUCAGUGGAGGAAGGUGCCGGCAAAGCACCCCCGCCAGUCCUUGUUGUCCAUGGUCAUUAUGGUGGUUGUGUAGGUGAUCUUCCAAGUUACGAUGCUUUUACUCUCGGAGGUCCCUAUUCUGUGAGGGGUUACAACAUGGGCGAGCUUGGCGCAGCCAGAAACAUCCUUGAGCUUGCUGCCGAGUUACGGAUACCCAUCAAAGGCACGCAGGUCUAUGCCUUUGCAGAACAUGGAAAUGAUCUUGGAAGUUCGAAGAACGUGAAAGGGAAUCCCACAGAAGUGUAUAGGCGAAUGGGACAUGGAUCGUCAUAUGGAGUUGGUCUUAAGCUUGGUUUAGUUAGAGCAGAAUACGCAGUUGAUCAUAACUCAGGAACUGGUGCAUUAUUCUUCCGUUUUGGAGAGAGAUUUUGAGGCGAAAAUUAGUCAAAUAGCAUGACGCUGAAUACAGUUUUUGUUCUUAGUUUGCGGAAGAACUUGUGCAACCAGCCUUUAAUGAUUGUUCAGAGGUCAUCUUGCUGGUACUGAACCCUUUGUCCCCUUUUUUGGUUUUACCCUCAAUUUUAGUGUAGAAUUUUAUGUGAAAAUAUUGUGACAGAUUAUAUCUUGUUGGUGAGAUAUUUAUUCACAUGUAUUUCUGCGUCUCAAAUUAGUGCCCAAUUUAUAAACAAUCAGCCAAACUUAGUGGCUUUGUUGGUGCCGGUUGUUGUGCGUGUGUUUGGGAUCAAUAAUUGUGGAGUUAUUGACCUUUCAAA